AUGGGUGUUGUUGGUGAAUUAAUUUUCAAUUGCAUUGGUGUGUUAGGUGAAGUAGAUGUGGUUGGUGAACUCAAUUGUAAAAUGACGAACCUUUAUGAGAGUACGCCGCUCGAUUUAGCCAUGAUUGCUCUCGAUGCUAGGAAACCGAAAAUAGGGCAACCUUCGGCGCCUUCGAGAGUGGCAUUUGGUCAUCCAACUUCUGGUAAAUGGUGCAUAGUAGCAAUUGGCAUACCUAUGACGAGUUGA